AGUACUACAACUACAGUUAGUACGUGUCAACUGACUCGCUUUCAUCACAGAAUCUUUGACCCAGCGAAGCAGGCAUUCGAGGAAGCAAAAGUCACAUUCGCUGCGGACCUAACCAAAGAUGUCCGCAAGCAAGAUCUGGUUCUGCAAGCCGCUACUUUUAAGGACAUAGAGGAUCUCGUCACAUCCUCGAAACUCAAGUAUGAUGGAGGUCAGAAGAGCAAGAAGGCAGUCAAAUGGCUCCAGAAGCUAUCUCAGCGCGUGCAGUAUUAUGGCUCAAUCAUGGAUGUCCUAGUACAACAUCAUCCUGAAUACGUUGCGCUGGCCUGGGGAGCGAUGAAAUUUGUCUUUGUGCUGGUGCAGAAUCACGAAAAACUUGUCACCACGCUAGCCAAAGCACUCGCCACCAUAGGAGAGUCGCUUGCUCGCGUCAACCUGGCUAUCGUCCUCUAUCCUACGGCGAGAAUGAAGCAUGCAGUUGCCCAAGUCUACGCUUGCAUUAUGCGAUUCUGCAUUCGAGCGCACGACUGGUACAGAGCGAACAAACUGCACCACAUCUGGGAGUCUCUGGCCCGUCCUGUUGAGCUCAGGUAUACGGAUCUCAUCGAGAACAUCGAAACUGCUUUGGGAGAGGUGGAAGGCCUGGCAACUGCUGCUGCUCGAGCAGAGCAACGGGACGUCCACAUGGCAGUUUUGACAUUAGCUCAACGUAUGGAAAAUUCAGAAAAGGUACUUUUUGAAGUCCGUCAACUGGUUGCAUCGACCCAAGCAAUCGUGUCCAGCUCUCAGUUCAACACAAAUGUCAACAUUAUCACCAUGCGAGGCGACGAUAUAAUCCCAAUCCUAUUCCCCAGCUUUCAUCCCAAUCAGCCAGGAGACCUCCGUUACGCGAAAUUGCUCGCAAGACAGGGCCAAAAGGCGGCUUCCUCGAUUUCAUCUCCAUACUGGCAGGAUCGCAAGUUCGACGUGUGGAAUUCAUCUCCUUCGUCCGCCGCAGUAGCGGUAAAAGGAGAUUAUCUUUCACGCUUAACUCUCCGCCACACAGCCAUUCAGAUGAUCGAAAUCAUCAGGGCCAAGCAAGUCCCGGUGAUCUGGUUUCUGAAGACGUCAAACGACAGGAUCACUGUCGCCGAGAUGAUAAAGGGCUUGGUGUACCAAGCACUGCAGGUUUGCGACCCAUCUUAUACAGAGAGGUCACUAGGACGCCUACAUGCCACCAUUCAAGCAGCCGACAACGAAGACGCAUGGUUUGAAAUCCUAUCUUCGAUCAUCGCCGACCUGCGGCAGAUCUAUAUAAUCCUAGAUCUCGCUGCCACAGGAGAAAAUGAACUGCACCAAGACGAUAGGAGCUUCCUCUGGCUUUCCGCUUUCAAACGGCUUUUCUUGAAACUCCCCGAGCGCAACGUCCAAGCAGCCAUUAAGGUGCUGUUAUUUGCCUACGGCUCCACAGCCACACAUCAAUUUGGGACUGCGAUUGAAUUUGCCGAUGUCACCAUCAACACGAAACAUCUUUCUCGUGGUGGCGUUGCUUUUCACAAGCAAACUGCGCAGUCGCGGACGAAACUGACUCCAAGAGGCAAAAGGACGAUGCACGGGAUUAUUAGUGGACGUUGAGAAGGUAAGGAAGGUUAUUCUGCCAGCUUGGAGCGAUAUAUAUUCUCUUGGAUUGAUCUCUGUCGGAACACCCUCUACGCAUCGUUAUCAAAGCCUAACCCUUUCCUGCUUUUCUUUGAAUCCCUUUGACAUUCUCAUUCAUGCACGAUGAGAUCCCGGGUGUUGUUGCUAGAACGAAAAAGUCUCACCUCUAUCAUGGGUCGAAGGUAAUACCCCCUAUACCUUCUUACUGAAAGUAGCGUUCCCAAGUUUCAUCGUGGUCCUUUCUCGUCUUGGAGAUGUAUUUCAGCCCUCGUUGGACAAGGUCAACUUCGGUGUGCGCUCCUCUUUCAUACCCAGUAGCCUGGGCUUGAACCCACAGGUCGUCUGCGUGGUCCUUCGUCAGGCCAUGACGGCGGGGGAGCAGAAGAUGUGGACGAAUCGCCAAUGCGUGACGAAUAGCGGGACGAUGAGUAGAUGGAUCACAGAGACUGCCAGGUACAAAGGAGGACUUCGCUGCUGCUUAACCACCGAGACCUGGACUGGCAGCAAUUUUUGUACUUUGAUUAUGGUCACAGUUCGAGUGGGGGACUUUCAGAAAUAGGGAAAAGACGACCCCCGUGGUCCGUCUGUAGAGUGAGGAGGCAACAUAGCAGGAUCGGAUUUCCGACUUCCUAGUAACGAAGCCCUUUUCCAACGUGA